UCUUAGCACUUCGAGAGGUCGCAACUAUAUAUCGCGCGAUUGCAUUUUAUUCUAUCCCUCUUUUUAUCUCUUUAUCUUUAUUAUUUCAUUUUUUCCCUUAUUUUGAUCGGAGUCAAACGAUAUAUAUAUAUUUAUAUAUAUAUAUAUAUAUAUAAUAUUUAAUAUCAAACGUAAUCGUGUGUUGAACGCCCGAGCUUUUUCUAUCGCGUUUUUAAAUCGUGAUAUAAAUUAAAAGUAACGACAACAACAACAACGAUCGAUUACUCGAAGAAGAAUUACGAUUUCGAUCGUGGAAAGUGUCUUUUUAAAAAAUAAAAAAAAAAAAACAAGAACAAUAUUUGAGAAAAAGUUUCGAAGAGUCGAGCGAAGGGGUGUAUAUUAAUAUUUUGUCUUUUUGCUUUCGCGUUUGAGUGUCGAUAAAAGAAUAUUUAACCAAGGGGAACAAAAGAAAAAGUAGAAAAAGGUGAUUCGUCUAUUCGCGUAGAUUUGUUUUUUUUUUUUGAAGUUAAAAGAUUUGUACAGUAGUAUAUAGAAUAAUCGAACGGGGAUCGAGGUGGGAUUGAUCGAGAGAAUAGAAAGAAGAAGAAGAAGAAGAAGAAUUCUAAGUGGAAAGAGGAAGAGGAGAGGAGUUUCUGAGUAAAUUUGGUGGGGAGGAAGAUCCUGCGUGUUAACUUUUAUCUCCUAACGAAAAGAUCGAUUUAUAUAACACUACUAGUGGUGUCACAUUGAGGGUCUGUCCAUCUCUCUGUCAUACAUACACACAUAUACACACACACACAAAAACAUACAUCACAUAUAUGCGUUGGGUUCUCGUUAGAUUGAUUAAAAUAAAAAGUGUCGUGCAAGUAAUAACAGUUAGAUAUUUUCGUUGAAUAUAAAUAAUUGUGUGAAAUAUUGAAAAGUAAGCGCUAUAAUAUGCGCCCAGGGAACACGUUUAUUAUUAUUAUGAGAUAAUGAGCUGCUCGGUAAAGAUCUCGUCCGGGAAGAGUUGGAGCGGAUCUCAGAGGAGGAUCAGCUCGUUGGCGGAGGAGAAUACCUGUCCUUCUCCGAACAACGGCGCUGUUCAAAGUUGCGCCCUCUCGCAGACCAUUCAAACGAGCAAUAACGUAUUGGUCGUAUCCUCCCAGCAAACUGCUAACUAUAAUAAUAAUACCAACGUUAAUACAACAUCUAAUACAAUUGGGAAUUUGGAAAAUUUAACAAAUAUUAUAAACAAUCCAAGUAUCGUAACAACGUCCAAUACAACGAGUGGAAUUUCCGUUGGUUGUCCUCCCGUUGUUUAUAAUUCUACGGUGGCUUCAUCUAACAUAGCUGGUGUUUUUGGUGCCGGUGGCUGCACCACCGCUCCUGCAGCAGGCGGCAUUCCUCAAAGGAUCCCUACGCCACGCCCCGUAAAGUCGAUUGCUUCGAAGAAAGGGGAAGACACGAGCAAGCUGCUCAAGUACAUCGACGAUAACGUCAUCGGCAAGAACGGCACCUUUUUCGGACCGUUCGGCCGCAGGAAAGUUGUCUUCUGCGAUUAUACAGCAACAGGAAGAUCAUUGCAAUUUCUCGAGGAAUAUAUUGCGAAGGAAGUAUUACCAUGUUUGGGAGAUACUCGUUCGUCAACAUCAAUCUGUAGUUUACAAUCCUCAUUGUUCAGGCACGAAGCAAGGGACAUAGUUAGGCAUGCUGUUGGUGCUGGUGACCAGGAUGCAGUUUUAUUCACGGGUCAAGGUUCGGCCGGUGCCCUUCGCACACUUCUCAGAUUACUCGAUCUCUCUAAAUCCACCGUAGUUUUCGUUGGACCGUUCGAACACCAUGACAACUUACAACCAUGGCGCGAAUAUGGUGUCAAGAUAGUACGAGUGUCCGAAACAAGAGAAGGAUUUUUGGAUCUGAAUGAACUUGAACGAGGUUUAGCUAAGAUGCGUUCAGAAGGUGUUGCACAAAUGAUCGGAUGCUUUAGUGCAGCCAGUUGUAUAACUGGGGUUUUGGCAGAUGACGUUGCUACUACCCUUCUUUUACAUCAGUAUGGUGCACUUAGUAUCUGGGAUUACACAACUGCAGCGCCGUAUACUCAAAUCGACAUGAAUCCACAUCUCCCGGGAAUGAGCGAAUCAACGGCACACAAGGAUGCCAUUUUCUUUGCUGGACACAAAUUCGUAGGGGGCGUCCAAUCCCCAGGUGUCCUCGUCAGCAAACAAUUCCUCCUAAUGGACGAAAUAAGAGCCGAAGACAUGAGGGACACUCAUCGCUACCUGAAUAAUCCCGAGUUACGUGACGAAAGUGGAACCGCUGGUGUCGUCGAAAGUAUUCGAUGUGGAUUGGCAAUUCAACUUAAGGAAAACGUGACGCCAAGGGCUAUCGUCAAUCGUCAAGACAAAAUUUCUAGGCAAGUUUUGGCACACGUACGCACAAUUCCGGAAUUAAUUUUACUCGGAAGCGCAUCGCAAAAUGUCAAAAGGUUACCCAUAUUCUCUUUUAUGGUGCGCCAUCCACGUGGCACCUUCCUCCAUCAUAAUUUCGUGUGCGCCGUGUUGAACGACGUUUUUGGAAUACAAGCGAGAAGUGGGUGCGCUUGCGUUGGUCGAUACGCUCACAAUUUGAUGGGAAUCGAUACGGAACUGGCAAAGGAAUAUGAAAAUUUAUUGAUGCAAAGUCAACGUAACGAGGGAAGCGAGGAAUUUAAAACGGAAGCAUUGAGGCCAGGAUUUGCUAAACUUUCCUUCCCCUAUUUCAUGUCCGAGGCUGAGGUUGCAUUCAUAUUGGAAGCUUUAAAAAUGGUGGCUACCGAGGGAUGGAAACUUUUACCCCAAUACGUUUUAAAUCCAAAUACUGGUGAAUGGAGACAUCACACAAAUGGUAUAUUAAAAGAAAGAAAAUUAUUGGGAACGAUCAGAUACACGGACGGUAAAAUGAACGCAUCCGAAAGGAGAGUAUCGGGAUCGGGUGUUUUUCCUCAAAGCUAUUCGGAUUGUUUACAAACCGCAAGAAAUAUCUUCAAUCGUGCGCGUAAAAUGGCGCAAAGAUAUCCGCUGCAAACUGAUCGCAUUUUUACAUUCAUCUCGGAACAAACCGAACAAUUACGUUGGUUUAUGUUACCGAACGAAGCUCAAGAUCUACUUUUAGGAAAUUCGCAAAACGUUAAACAAGAAGUACCGUUCAAUCCGUGUUUAGCCGCUCAUAGAUUCGUUCAUACGACAACGGCAACGAGUACGCACGAUAGUCUCGUUAACAGUUUGGCAUUGGCCAACGGUAUGAGACGUUUGAACAGUGAUAUUCCACGAACCGGUAAUAUUCCUAUAUCGCAAAAUUCACCGCGACACCGAAGUCUUCCAGCAUUGAGUACGAUAAGGAGGAACAUUUCAACGGUGUCAGUGUCGUCAACGGCAACGGAAACGAAAAGUAAUUCUUCGGAAAUCGAUGAUAAAGGAUCGUCGAUACGAAACGAUAGCGGGAAUUCAACGGGACACAAAUCACCGGCAACUUGUCCGAGUUCACCGAUGCCAGUUCGAUUUGCUGUCGGUGAAGCUGUAACACCGUCAGCCCUUUCCUGUAUAACUCAUGCAGUGGUAACAGCUAGACCAAUGAAAGAACAAAGAGAUUUGAUAGAAACUAGAGACGCUGGACGUGCGAGAUGCAAUUCUUUGGGUAGCACAACGGGGACUAACAACGCGACCAAUCGAUCCGGUAUGUCAUCCUCCUCUUCGCCAAUACCGGUCCUCCCAUUGAGUCCUCAAACUCUGACGAGUUUAGGUUUGACUUCAGCUCGUUUAGACAUCGGUUCGUCGAAACAAAGACGAUUACAUUGCAGUUGCAGUAGUCAAACCGAAUUGAAUUCUCUCGAAUUAGAAGCUAUGAGUAAUCUCAGCCAUUCUAUUUCAUCUUUCAAUUAUCACAACGUCGCCUCGCCCCCGUCCUCGUAUUCCUCGGUAGGCGAAUACACGGAAAGAUUCGUUGCCGGUGGAAGAUCUUCCCCGAUUUAUUCAAACGUCGGUCAAAGAUCCGACGACGAUUUGAGCGCAUAUUUGAAAGAAGUCACGAAAGAAUUGGCAACCGAGAUCAAAUCCGAAAUUCGCGAAGUUAUAUCGAAAGUAGACGACGCUUUAUCGGAAGCUAACACAUCGGAGAAUACUCCGCAACAUCAUUCGCGUAAUCAUAACGUAAUUAAUCAAAUUUCUACCGAGGAUAACAGACAAUUGAGGCACGAUUCAUUUACGGCAAGCGACAUUGCCGAAUAUUUGAUGGAAUUUUCCAAAGAAAUGGCGAGCGAAGUUAAAUCAGAGAUCAGGUGUAUGGUUAACGCUGUCGAUGGAUUACACAGACACUCGCCUGACGCUUCAGCCUCCGAUGUUUCUUCGAAUGGAUGCGAAUCCCCGGACAGAGGAAGGAUUUCUCUAACGAAUACUUCACCCAGAGUCUCGAAUUCGCGAAAACACGGGACAUCCGAGAUAUCUGGGAAAAUCGGUGAAUUGACUCAACAAGAAAGUAAAAUGUCGAGCGAAUGUUCGUCGGACGAGACAGUUAUAUUCGUUAUGAAACCUACGGAAACCGAAAGAAUGAUCAAUAGCAAUCGAAACAAAACCAACGAGGAUAACGAUGACAACGACGUGGACGAGGACGUUGACGAGGAUUCGCAGGAACGCGGUUGUCCCGAUGAUAUUGCUGCUGACGCUAGGAAGAUCCUUCCAAAGAUUUAUUCGGCCGUUAAUUCGGUAAGUUCACAGGACAGUGGGAUCAACCUUUCGUUUCACGAAAACGACAGCAACAACAAGUCGUCGUCGAUAGAUUUAACGGAAUUGAAACGUAGCAGUAGCGCCGAAUCUAAUUCAACUAACAGUUAUGGUCGAAAAUCUAGGACAGCUAUGUCUAGCAACGCGAUAUCCAAUUUAGCUGGUAAAUCUUCAUCGAAACAACUGGUACGUCAGAACGAUGAUCUCCUGUCCGAGGACGAGGAGGUAUCCUUGGAUUUGCGGGAAGAGAAAGACGACCACGUUGACAUUGAGGGAGGAUUUAAAUUCGAUGGAAAGGACGAGGAUAAAAAUGUUUCAACGCGCGUUGUCCAAUGGCACUCGGCACCGAGAAAUAUUUGGAAACCAACGGUGGAGGCUAUUCAGGAAUUCGAUAUGAUCCGAGACAACGACAGGGUUCUUCUAUGUCUUUCGAUUCUUGGAAAGGAUUCUCUGUCCCUCUUGCACACGUUACAUCAAUACAGGUUACACGCCAGGUCGAAGGGGAUCGAUUUUGAAAUCGGUGCAGCCACCAUCGACACCGGCGAAUUUAAUCGUGUCGAAUCGAUCAGACACCUCAAAGCUUUGGACGUUCCUUACUUUUACGAAGAAUUGAUCGUUGAUACGACCACGAAUGCAGCUACCAACGAAACUCAAAAUCAGGAACCACUUUCCAACGAAGCUUGCAGCUUUUGCAACAGAUCGAUCAGAGCACAGUUGUAUACAAUCGCGAAACGUCACGGUUACAACGUGCUGGCACUUGGUCAACACUUGGACGAUCUAACCGAGGGAUUCCUUUCCUCUGUUUUCCACAGUGGCCAAUUGAAAACCAUGAAAGCUCAUUAUUAUAUUCGUCGACAAGAUCUUCGCGUUAUAAGACCGUUCGUAUACGUCAGUGAAAAGGCUCUUAGACAAUUCGCUCGUAGCAAACGACUCGUCCCCCACGAAUUUAACAAAUCGGCUGAUCUUUCGGAGAAACAAAAACAGAGCAAAGAUAUCUUAAUCCAACAAGAACGAGCAUAUCCACGAAUCUAUUGGUCAGUACGUACGGCACUUCGACCAUUAAUAAUAUCCCAUGGACAAUUGCCAGAAUUCGACAUGACAUGCAGUAAUAGUUCGGGAAAUAUGACUAACAGUCCAAGUAGCAGUAGCGGGGUUAGCAGCAUCAGUACUGCUAGCAACAGUAACGCGACAACAAGUACCAACAAUAGUUGUAACAAUCAACAGAAAAGGUAUAGAAGAACUAAAACGAAUUCCCUAUCAUCGACAUCGUCGAGUGGGGGUGGUGGGGUUGGUCAUCAUUUGUCAAAUCAACGGUUAAACGAUGAUAACAACGACGAAACUGACGAGGAACCGGUCCUUUGAGGAGGACUCUCCGCGAGAUGGGAUUCUAAACGGCGUCCUUCAGUCUCAUCUUCGCGUGCACGUAGACGAAUAUUAGCACCGUCAACCUCGGCCAUUUUAAUACGAAGAAGACGACAACGUUUUGCCGCCAUGACAACCGCGGCCAUUGUCCUUCCAAAUGAAUAAGAAUUGUUCGACCAUUCAAUUCACACAAUAUCAAAUUAAAUUAAAUUAAAUUAAAACUACAAAAAAAAAAAGAAAAAGAGAAAAAAAUAAUAUGUAACGAGAAACAAUUCCUACGAGAUUGUCCAUCACUUUUUCGCUAACAUCGAUGAUGAUACUGAUACUGAUGAUGAUGAUGAUGAUGAUGAUGAUGAUGAUGCAUACAUCUUAGACAUUGAAGUUUUGACAAAAUUAAUUACGAAGACGACUAACAAGAUCCAUCGAAUAUUUUUCAUUGAUUCUCCUACUACCGAACACGUCGGUCUUUUUUUUGUUAUAUUUUUUUUUUUUGCUAACAUAGAAUAUUCUAAUAUCUAUGUACGUGUAUAUGUGUGUGUUGACUUUAGCAAAGAAACUUUUUGAAGGAAUUAGGAACUCUCCUAUAUAUAUAUAUUGGAUUCGAGUGGAUUUACAUUGGAAUGAGCAGCUAAUAAGUAUAACGAAUAAACAUUUGUUUUUCAAUUGGUAUGCAAAAUGCUAUACCGAUUUGUUUAUGUGGGUAGAGAAACGAUCAACGUUGUUAUAAUUAACUUGGACUUUUGUCUAAGACGAUUCGUGAUAUUAAACGGACUAUAAUAAUUGUGUUUUAAUAUCCCCUCAUUGAAAUCGUCUUCUCUCAAGGAUAAAUAUAACGUUAUCGUCGAGUGUGUGAGUGGUGUAGGAUUGUUAAUUAAUGAACUUGUUUUAUCGAAACUGCUUCUUUAUAUGCGCGCAUAUAUGUAUGUCGUUAGAAAUGAAAUGUUAAUCGAAGAAUUUCAUCGGGAUAAAUUUUGUUGUCAAAUUAUUAGGAUUGAUUCUUCUCAUCGUAUAUUAGUAUUUAAAUGAAUAAACCGAUUAGGAAAAUGGAUAAGCGUCGAGAUAUAUUUAUAAAAUGUGAAAUGAAAUUGACAAGAUGAUAAAAUGUUUUUCCAUUUGUCUUGUAAAUGAAAAUAAAAAGUAAGGGAGACUGGAGCGAGGGGAUAGGAAAGAAAAAAAUGUGCCGAAUAUUCGAAAAAAAACGAUCCUUUUCAAGCGGUCAAGAAAAUGAUCGAAUUUUUAAUAUAUUCGAUACUUAUUAAUUAUUAAAUAUAUUUAAAGACGAACGCGAGAUAAAUAUUAACGUUUAGAUUUUUAUUCAUGUGUUACACGAAGAAUGUAUGUGUUUUCAAUUGUGUUAAUAGAUUUUCGAAAUACUUAUUUAUCUUUCUUUAUUUUUUCUUUUCUUUUCUUUUCUUUUCUUUUCUUUUUUGUAUUAUAUUCCUUUUGUCAUUUUCGAGUCUCACGUGACGCUUUAUCCAAAUUUCCAAAAUUAAUUUCGCAUUGUUCGCAGCCAUGUAGCACGGCAUAUUGCAUGCACGCAUAAUAAAAAUCGCUUAGUGCAACAAUCACAGAUCAGGAUUUAAAUGAAGAAACGAAUAACAACGCGAAACGUUGUUGUGUGUUGUCUUGUUGUUUGAUUGAUUAAUUAAUUAAUUAAUUGAUUAAUCGAACGAAAACAUGAUACACAAGAGAGAAAGCUUUUUUCCUUAUCGAGUGAUAAUAAUAGUUGUUCAAGAAAGAAGAGGAAGAGGAAGAAGAAGAAGAAACGGAUUUAAUUAUGGUCAUCUUUUUAAAUGGACAUCAUCGUUAAUUAAUUCAUGCUCCUUUAUAUCCUGUAAUCGACAAUUAGAUCGAAAUAAGUAGUUGCGAAAUGAAGAAUCUUUUGCGGCGUGCGGAGAUAUGAAAUGAAAUGGAAAUUGUGAAAAAGAAAAUGAUAGAAAAUGAUGCAACACAAAAAAAGGAACAAAAAAAAAAAAGAAAAGAAAAGAAAUAAAGCGAUUAGACGAUACGCGACCAAAAAAAAAAACCAACAACAACAAUUAAUUAAUCGAUUAAUUAAUUUUUUAAAGGAUAUAUCCGUGUUACGUUGUAAUAAAACGUUUCGUCGUAAAGAAAAAAACAUUUCGAACUAUUGAACACAAUUCUUUUUUCCAACGCGACUUUUCCAUAUAAAUGCAUAACGAAAGUAACAAAAAAAAAAAAAAA